GCGCACACACUGGUACAGUGGUACACAUGCAAGAGCUCUCUCUCUCUUUCUCUCUCUCUCUCUCUCUCUCUCACUCUCAUUCUCAGACUCUCUCUCUGUCUCUCUCUACAUGAAGAUUACUCUGGUAAAGAUGGUGCGGAGAUUCACCGGUAAAAACCCUAACCUCAAAAGCCUCCCUUUCGUUCUUUUUCAGCUACAUUUACAUGUCGCCGCCUCUACGUUUCUCCAUAACCCGUCCGUCUGUGCUGAUUUCCAUCGUUAUUAACGUAUGAACAUGCAAUGAUUUUCGUUGGUUGAACCGUUGAUUCAGUAUUUCAUUACCUCUACUUUCUUCCUUAUGUUUUUGUUUUGUGUUUCCGUUAUAUUUAUGAACUGAGAAAUCCUUUGAAAAACUGGAGAGAGCCCCAACGUCUUCCCAAAAUGGAAACUGAUACAACGAAAACCCUAGCUGAUGAAAAUGGGGGGAACCCAGGUGAGAAACCUAAGGAAAAUCUAGGUAACGAGUUCAGAUUAGGUGAAGAUGGGGAGCAAACAGGGGAGGGGGGGAGAAACCUCGAAGGGAAUGGCGAUGGAAACGAGAACGAGGAGGAUGGAGAAGAGGAAGGGGAUGGUGGUGAAGAACACGAAUAUUUUGUGGGUGACUUGGUGUGGGGAAAAAUCAGGGGUUACCCUUGGUGGCCCGGACAGAUUUACCAUCCUUCAGAUGCGUCGGAGCGUGCGACGAUGUAUAAUCAGCGGGAGCGGCUGCUAGUUGCGUACUUUGACGGGUCGUUCUCGUGGUGCCGCCGGUCACAGUUGAAGCCUUUUGCCGAGGAUUUCGAGGAAAUGUCGAAGCAAAGUGAUUCCAAGAGCUUCUUGAAUGCUUUACAGAAGGCUGUGGAGGGGAUUGGUAGGCUCGUGGAAUCGAAAAUGAGUUGCUCUUGCGUAUCCAGUGAGAAUCGGUUUGGGCUGGAUAGACCAUGGGCAGAGAAUGCUGGAAUCAGGCAAGGUGUUCUUGUGCCUGAGGGCGGUCCACGUAGAAUCUCAAUUCCUCGGCAUGGACCAGCAAGAGUAAUUGCAACUGUUAAGUAUAUUGCUGAAGUUGGUUGUACUACCGGUAUGCUUGAGCUCACAAUGUUAAAGAGUUUCUUGUCGGCAUUUUAUCGAGCAAAAGGAGGGCACAAACUAGCUGUGUACCAAGAACCCCUGCAGAUUGAAGAACUAGAAGACAAGAAUAGGAAUUGGGAAUCGGAUGUGUUUGAUUUCAGCAGUUCAGGGGAAGAAGUUAAAGGAGGUCGAGUGCCGUUGUUGCAGAAGUGCUACAGAAGGAAGAAGAAAAGUGUGGCUAACGGUAAGAGAAAAAGGAAGCGCAGCCACUUCGCACCUCCAUUAGGAAGGAAGAGGGGAAGAAAGGAGGAGGCCGAGCUUUCAGGGUCUCCUAAAUCUUCAGAGAACGAAGUAUUGAGUGCUAAACAUGGCAGUGGUGGGGGUGAAGAAGCAGAAGCUAAGCAGGACAACGUAUCUAGCAUUGAGAAUGGUGAUAAAAUUGCCGAAGAAGGAACUGAGAAUGUGUGUGUAGCGAGGGAAAGGAAGCAGAGCAAAUAUUUAUCCCCUCCCUCCACAAGUCUGAAGUGGGUGUUGAGAAGCUCGAGGUCUAAGAGGGAGUUGGAAGCAGAAUCCGUGAAAAUUGCUGAAUCAUUAGGGGAGCGGAUGAUCAGGGUUGCUGACCAACUCAUUGGAUCACCUCCCAUUGCAAAGUGUGGUGAAACAUUUCAGGAAAAACUCCCUAAUGAAUUUGAUAACCCAAGAAGUCCUCAUCCACCAGGAGAUUGGAAGAAGAUAAUCAACUCUAUGGAAAUCAACGCCUCUACAAAGGAAGUAGUAUUUGAACAACGAUCUGCAGCCCAGAAUCCGGUAUAUUUCAGGGUGAAGGAUUCGGUUGAUAGGGUCGGGAGAUUCAUCUCUGCAUUCAGAAGUGCACUGUUCUUAAAUGGUUCCAACUACAAAAUGUACCACUGCAAAUGUCGAUCAGGUGGAAAGAGGAAGUCUUCUGGCGUUGAUAAAGCGUCCCCCGGACUUCUCCCUAUAAAGCAGAAUCUAGAGAUGAUGACACAAAUGCUGGAAAAGGCUGAUGGGAACAUGUUGCCUGAGAUGAAGUCGGAUUUAGAGAGUGAGAUGAAAAGCCUAUUGGAGAAGAACCAAGCAGCAGCAACAGCUCCACCAGGUCCAGCUUCAGCUUCACAACCACCACCAGCAGCUCCAGCUCCAGCUUCACAACCACCACGAGCUGCACUAUAUAAGGGCAUCUGGAGGGGCCGUAAAGUGUGCACAGUGGGAGGAUCAAAGCCAAGUUGGUCCCAAUACUGACUGCCUAGGGAAUUUUUGCUUUGUUGGAACUUGUUUCGCAUUUUGAUUCCUUGCCAUUAGAUAUGACAGACUUGGGUCAUUGUGCCAAUUGGUUUAUGUUGUUUCGCAAGUUGGUUUUCAUAUUGACUGGAUAUUGAAUGGUUGGUUGGCAAGUAGGUGUUUGGUGUAUGUAUUGACUGAUGUUAAAUUGGUUGUAUUGAAUGAUAUUAUCUGUAACAUAGUUUGUUAUGUUUUAGUUUCA